GUGAGUAGGGGACCUGGGAGAAGGAGAGCCAGGGCUUGAGCCAGUGACAGUCCAGGAAUGGGUGAACUACCUAUCUCCCACCACCAGCAGCACUAGGGCCACGUUACCCUCUAUGGAAUCCACAUUUGUAUUGAACUAUGGCUGGCACAGUGCUCGGAGUGGGGGCCGGCGUGUUCAUCUUAGCCCUGCUCUGGGUGUUAGUGCUGCUGCUGUGUGUGCUGCUGUCCAGAGCGUCCGGUGUAGCGAGGUUCUCUGUCAUUUUUGUAUUCCUCGGUGCUCUGAUCAUCACAUCAGUUCUGCUGGUCUUCCCUCGAGCCAGUGAAGUCCCAGCCCCAGAGGUCGAAAUGAAGAUUGUGGAUUCCUUUUUCAUUGGCCGCUAUGUCCUGCUGGCUUUCCUCACUGCUGUCUUCCUUGGAGGCCUCUUUUUGGUUCUCAUUCAUCAUAUCCUGGAGCCAAUCUAUGCCAAACCACUGCGGUCCUACUGAGCACUAUUCAGGAAAGCCAAGACCCUGUUCUGUCCUUCGCUUUUGAUGUCAUUAAUGAGCAGAAAGGUACUGUUCAGAGCCUUGUUUUGACAGCCUUCAUGCCUUAAGAUCAGAGAAAUAUCCAUUCAUGACUAGGAUAAAUCUCUUGAAUCCUGGAUUCCAAAAAUGGGGUUGCAAAAUUGGCCCUACAGAGGCGAUUCUCACCAUCUUCCGAGGGAUACUGCUAUCUUCUUAGCACUUGUUCCUCAGGUUUUCUGUUUUGACAGGGAAAUAAAGAGAGUGAUCUGCUUCUGGUUGAUUUUCAAUCAAGACAUCAUUAAGUGGAUUUUGGGAAAAGGAGCACUUUGGCUUCCCCUGUCCAGUAGACAGAAGAAUCUCAUCCUUUUGAUAAUACACAAGAUUCUUAGUUACAAGGUUGGGAUCAUUUGGAAAGGAAAGGCACUCCAAGUUCGAAAGCUUAUUUUAAUGUGAUGAGUUGGAAGACUUACCCAGAUGUUGGUUGUUGACCAGUGUGCAUAUGGUGUCACAGAAUCUAUACAAGAAAUGGGUGUCACUUCUCUCUGCUAUAAUAAAGCAAUAAACAACCGAAGGACCGACUUUCACCUCA